UGCGGUGCGCAGUGUGACUUUUUUGUUUGGUGUAACACCGUGAGUUUACACACUUCUUUUACGUUUGGAAGUUUUUGAUGCGUGUCGCGUGUAUUCAAUUGCAGCCCCCGCGUUGUCGCGUCGUCGUAGCCGCAACCGCGCAAAUUAGCAGCAGCAGUGCUUUCAUCAGGCGUACAGGUUGCGUUUCAUUCCAAUUUUUGGUGUUCAAAAGUUAAUGACCUGUUUUCUUGCCCCCUCGAAAAUCCCACACCCGUUUUGCUGUGGGUUCUUUUUUCGGUGCUCUCGCGAGGUAGUGUUCACUUGCAUAAAUGCAUUUUUACCCAUAUAGUAAUUGCCGGUCCAGUGUUCGGAAUGUGAGAGAAAUAAACAAGCAGAUUUUCGAAAGUGAAUCGUAUGUGUACCGGGGAACUGUCGUCUUUUAGUAAUUGGACCCGUGCCGGUCAAUCGUAAACACCAGUGAUAUCCUGGGAAUUUAGUCAAGCGGUAGCGUCACAAACAUUAUGCUUGAUUAUAAGGAGUCUAUUGGAUUGCCUGUGCUUAUCGCUUAACAGGUGGUUACUCGUAGUGAUACAGUGGGUUUAUUUUGGGAUCAGUGUAAAUUGUCUUGCGUGGAUCGUAGCAUUUAAAUCCAUCCGAAGCUAAAUAUUUUUGGUAAUAUUUUGACAAGUACAUCGCGGUGUAGUGUAUGAAUCAGGGAUCUAAGUGCGUUCGAUAUGCUAAUGCUGCUGGUUUUCAUAGAAGUGUGAGUCCUUGUACGUGUUGGUGUGAGAAAUCGAUUUCUCCGAAGUGUGUGCAAGUAGUAGAAGCUCGUAGUGUACGACGUGGAGAAGAUCCGAGGAUUUUAUGGCAGCAGGCUGAUGAUUAGAUGCACGAAUGCUGAUUGUCAAAUGUGACAAAUGGGAAUGCCAGAGUUCAAAGUUCGAUUGUAUUUUUUUUGCCUAUGUUGACAACACCGAAAUUCCAGCAUCUGUACCUGAUCGUGAGGAAGUACGUACCACCGACGAUGUGUAACUCGCUUUUGUGAUAAGAAGAGUGUAGUGUUUAUUUUUAAUAGCAUCGCAGAGCGCAUUCAAGCAGUAGAGAAGAGAUUAUUUAUCUGUAGUGUGUGAUUCAUAUUGUUGUUUUCUGGUUUUGCAUGCGAUCCGAUUUCGGUUGAGCGGUAGAUCUCAGCUCGUUGUUACAAUGCGUGCGAAAUUUUGUCAAAGAAGGCAUAAUUGUCUGUGCAGUUUAUACGAGGAAGAAAUUUCGCUAGAAUAACAGCUAUCGCCAGUGCCAGUUUUCUUGGGUUUUCGAGUGCGAUUACCAGCGAGAUCCACUACGCGAUGGCGGACAAUUCGAACCGUGUAAUUCCAUCCUGCCCUCCACUGCCGAAGGAUCUGACCAAAAAGCCCCCCACGCCAGCAUCGUUGAAGCAUAACAGUGAUUCACCGGGGCGACCGACCGAGCGUGGGUCGACAAUGUUGGUUCGUCCCAAGGGGGCAGAUGCUCUGGGGGAUUCCGGUGCUAAUGCCCUGUCGGUCUCGCUAGAGGACAUACUGAAGACAUUCAAUGCUCCGAUUUCCGAGGACCAGGCCUGGGCAUUGAUUUACCAGAGCACGCGGAUGUUCAAGGCCAAACUGCAGGAACCCGGCUGCCGGUGGCGGGACUUGCAGAUGCCGGUUAAGACGAGGCACUUGAAUGUGCACAAGGACGGAUAUUGUUUCGUGACGGUCGAGGACGAAGACAAAAGCAUUUGCGUGGCAUCGUCCCAGAAAAAAAUUCUCCUGAAGCUCGGUAUUGUCGUCUAUACAGCACUUGACUACAACCUACCCUCGAACGAGGACUGUCCAAUGUCCCACGAGUUGGAGGAGCUGAUCGAGUAUAUGACAGCCGAAGAUAACGACGACGAGGGCAUCGAGCACGAUUCGGAGGAACCGAUCACCGACGAGGAUGAGGCUGUUGUGGCAGACCACACAGAUGAAGAUGACGAAGACGAUGACCGUCGCCUCCAUCACACCAUCAAGUACAACGGUGAUGGAGGAGGAGGCGGCGGCGGAACUCAUCAUGGGAACGGACCGAACGCAACGAAUGUUCACUCCGAUAGCAGUAAGAAAAAAUCACAUCUCGAUACCAAAGAACUGGACCACGUGCUGGCGUUUUGCUCGUCACGUGUGUCCCCAUCGAAGCCGGAGGACCAUUACCGGGCCGUGUGCCGAGCGUUGGCCACCGAAACGCUCGAGUUGAGAACGUUCCUACAGAGGGUUUGUCAGGGUGACGCCGAGGUGCUCCGAUUGAAGGCCCAAGCGGAGACCUCCGGGAAGGUGCUGGAGAAAAUCCACUUCACCGAUUGGUCAGACGACCACAGGAUUUGGCAAGCGAUACAAGCCCGCUUUUGGAUGCAAGUGGUGGACGAGCUGCGGCGGGGAGUAAGGCUGAAAAAGAUCAACUUCUCCCGAACGCCGAUCGAGUACGAGCUGACGCCAUAUGAAAUCCUGAUGGAGGACAUCCGGUCCAGAAAGUACAAUCUUCGUAAGGUGAUGGUGGACGGUGAUAUACCGCCCAAGGUGAAAAAGGACGCACAUGCGGUUAUCCUGGAGUUCAUACGAUCUCGGCCUCCACUCAGGAAGGCGUCGGAACGAAAGCUGGCUCCCCAGCCGCUGAAACGAGUGGCUUGCCCCCGGGAGCAGUUGCUCGAUUCAAUCCGAAAAGGACGUGUGCUAAAACCGGUGCAUCCCAAGCUAAAAACAAGACACAUUGCAAUCGUCUUCACAAUGUUACCAUAUCACAUCAUCAGCAUAUUUUUACCAACCACACAAGUAGAUAGUGUAAAGAAAUCAUGUGAUGAAAUAGUAAAUAGUGGUAGCAGUAGUAGCAGUUAUAUCAAUAGUCAUAGCACAACCAACGCAUCGGCGGCGGCGGCGAAUCUGGCCGCGACAGCGCAACCCCCUGGCGGAAGCGGUGCCACACCGUCGGCGACGAAGUCAUCUCUAUCGGCAUCGAUGUACGCCAACUCACCCAGAAACACCCUAAGACUGAUACCGGUGGAUUUUUCACUGUUCGAGGAUGACGAUUUCAUAAUCAGCACAACAGCAAACAGCGACUCCACGGGUAGUGGCGCGGCUAGCGGUAGCGCUAGUGGAUAUUCUAGAGCGAAUGGUACCGCCAAUGGGUACGGCAGGUAUGCCACAUUGGCCAGCGGCAGCAAACGCAGCAGCGGCAGUGCAGCCAACAGCAGCGAUCGUUCAAAUCUCGUCAACAACGAGAACAAUCAGAACAACAUCAAUACCGUACUUCGGCGAACAAAGAAUAUCAUAACACAUGAUGAGUACCACAGGUUCUGUGAUAAAGCACUCGAAACUUACGAUCUUGCCACGCAAUGUGAAUCACGCCGUGCAUCGAUGCGUCGCCACACAAUCAUCGGCUGUAACCAAAACUAUAAGCUGGACCACCUGGGCAGUCAUUCGGUGCCACCCUCGCGGCCAACAUCUCGACAAUCUGAUCACAGCCAGAGCCAAACUCAGGCUCCCCAGCAUCAGCAACAGCAGCAGCAGCACCAACAAUCUACACAGCCUGCGACAAACGGUAGCAGCAAUCGUGUGGCAGGGGAACUUGUUAGCAGUAGUAACAUUUCUUCCCUGGACACUUGGACCAAAAAUUCGCUAGACGAGCACCAAUGGAGGGAUACCUUCAACCUGAACGAUCGACUUUCGCUGACGCUAGAGGAAAUCGUCCACAUCCGCUCGGUCAUGACCAAAGCCGAACUGGAGGGUCUUCCCGUCGACGUGCAUAUAAAGGAGGACGUCGAAAAGCGCAAAGUUUGCUUCCUCUGUCUACGCACACGGUUCACCAUAUUCGCUAGAGGAAUCCUAUGCAAACUUUGCCAGCGAACGGUUUGCAAUAAGUGUAAUCAGAAGAUGCGAAUACCUACAGAACAUUUUCGAAAUGUUCCCGUAGUAUUGCUUUCGCCUUCGCUGAUGAACAGCCCAUGCACUUCCAAUACACCAUCGCCAAGUCAUCAUGCUCACGGUGGUGGUUCAAACCUGCACAGCAUGGUGGAUGAAUCGUUUCCUCGGUCGCUGAUGGAACGGCUACUGCGGCCCGAGUUAGACCGGAAGACUCGCAACACCGUCGGUAGUGCUCCAUCAUCGCCAAAGAAUCAGCGUUCGGCGUCCAGCACACCUGGCACUAGCUUACAAGGUGAGCCUCUUUCGCUCCCAUUAUCUCAAAUGGCUGUGGCCACAAACGGUGCCAAAGAAUAUACGACGGCAAACUCCAAUCACCUUGGCACUAAUAUCAACAGCCAGAAGAGCUCUGUUAUGUCGCGUUCCAUGGAAGGCCCACACAGUUUGCCUCCCCAAAGUCCUGCUCGGCCACACUCCAACAACAGUACCCUGGAUCGAAGUACUUCCAGAAAUAGAUUCGCCAAAGCAUUCACCCUGUCCGCGGCUGCGGCGGCUCAAAACAACAGUGUCGACCCCCAGAAGGAACGACUAACCGGAGAGCUGAUGGCCGUGUGCAACGAUUGUCGCAGCCUGGUGCUGGAGAUUAUCCGUUCAUCGCGCCAAACGCGAUCCUCUGCUCAGAAUCAGGCCCUUCGCAAUCUGACGCUAGACCUCUCACCUGUUUACAAACGCUAGGUUUACACACUCGUAGGCAACCUAGGAACGUGUUAGCCCAUAUGGAAAGUGUCUACUGUAUGCAUAAAUGUGUUUUCUCCUUCUCGCACAUCCAGCUACUUCCUGAACGAUGCCCAUUUUUCGUUGUCUAGCCCGUUUCAUAUACUCCUUUUCUGGUUUCCUUUACACGUUUUGUGAAAAAUCAAAUUUGAAGAAAGAAACCGAACAACUAUUAGCAACAAUUGAAUUGUAUGUAAUUUAUUUAUUGUUUAAUUUAUUGAGAGUUUUCUUUCUUUUCUCGCGGGGGUUCUAACCUCAUUUUAGUUUCGAGUGCAAACUUUUGUUCUUUGCUAGGAAGUGUCGAGCAGGGCGUUCGAAUGUUCUGUCCAAUGACUAGAGCUUCAUAAAAAGAAGCAAAUCGCAACUAGCCAUGAGAUCGCUAAGAUUCGGAUAUCUUGUAUACCUAUUCUUGAACCAGCUGAAGCCCCCAAUCGAAGUGAACAAUGAUUUUGCCUUUUAAAUUUUUUGAAACACGUUCCCACUUCUUUGAAUUUGAUUUUUCGCAAACAUUUGCGUUUCGCUAUGGUACCUAUGGCUGUUAUCAUGGCCCUAGAUCUCGACAAACGCCGCCGCUGGAUCGACUUGUUCGCUAUUUUUUAAUAAUUAGCAAGCACAAACACUGUACCCAAAAUUAUUGUAAAAAUAACAAAAAACCAAAAACGCUUCAGCUAAAGUUUAGCACAGCAAAGUUUAGUGGAGCUUUGUUAUGUAAUCGAACCUCUAAUCGAGUUGAAUAUUGAAAUGAAGCUAUACAAAUUGUAGAGAAAAAAAAACUGUAUUAAUCAUAUGAAUAGCCGUGACUUGUAAAAGAAGAAAAAACAACACUCAGAAAUGCAACUUGAAAUAGUUAAAAAUAACAGUGCAACCAACGUUUAGAUUUGCCAAAGGUGAAAUUUGUUCAUUUCCGAGAUAUGAUAGACUUCAACUCAUGCUGGAAUCACCGAAUUAGUUCGAACGCAAUUUGUCUGGUUCCAUUAUGUGGCGCGAAUGCUUUACAGUUUUAAAUGUUUCUGACUUUUUUUUUGUUGGCAUUUUGGGGUUCCUUGAGUAUUUUUGAUAUUGAUUGUCAUUAAUCCAGUACUCAAGUAAGUUAAGCUAUUUUCAAUUUCAUCAAAUCAUUCAAUUCCGCGCGGAAGUUUUUUUUUACGUAAGGCUACGUCUUUCAUUUCUAUACGGGGGUGUAAGUUCAAUGUUUCGACAACGAGAGCGUUACACGGAAGAAAUUAAAUUUUGAGCGCUCAUACCUCUUUGCCGGCUGAACGAAAUGGUAUGAAAACCACUUCAUUCGAAAGAUAAAAUGUCUACGCGAUAUAUGCCUGUUAUUUAUUGAUCCAAAAAAUUGUUUCAAUAGCCUGCAAAUUGUCUUGAAAACAGGCUUUUGAAAUCACAAAAAUCUGUAUAUAAGCGGAUGCCAGUUCGGAAAUCCAACCAGUUAUAGUUGUAUAGCGGUUGGAGGAUGUUGUCGUUGCUAUAAGAUUGAUGUGGCGAAGCUAACUUUAUUCAUCAAGACAGUGCUGAUGAACCGUGUCACCACCAAGAGCAUGUUAGUGCAAACGAGAAGAAGCUGAAAAUGCUACCGCUGCUCACAUUCGUCAGCUGCUGACAAUCUGCCGCUGCUACCGGGGAGAAGGAAACAGUAACAACUGUAAAAAAAAACCAAACUUGUUGCUGUGAAGAAAGGGACCAGGAAGAAGAAAGUUCAACUAAAUCCUCAAAAAUCGCUGCCCAGAAGCCGAAAACCAAAGCCAAAGAAGUCAGCAGCUAUCGAGAGAAGCCACACAUCAUCACGCACAACAAGAGAAAUUUUGUUUUGUUUUCAGUAAAUCAAAUCCAGUUCUUUUCAGAACUCCAAAUUGCUUUGAAGCCAAAGAGUUUAUGAAAUACUGCGAUCAAAUACAUUCUUUUUGUAAUUUCUCCAUUCAAGUGCGAUCAACGUAAGAUUACGUCUUUCGGAAAUUCAAUAGGGGUAGAAUGAAUCUUGAGAAGAACUAUUUAUUCCCGUUCGGCGCUCGCACAAACAAUUUUCACUCAACAGACGAACGGAAAGUGAGUGUUGUGACGAAGGGCAGAGCGAACGUAACACUCAUGUACACUGAUUGGUAGCGACAGAUGUUUUGCCUAUUGGAAAUGGUAUAGAAAUUAUAUUACAGGCAAACGUGGGGUUAAAGUUUGUGAAUCAAUGACAAGCAAUGUAUCAUGUAUAGAACAAACAUGAGAAGACGGACAACAAAUUUUGCAUCAGUUUUGCGUGAUUGCUUUUGAAUAUUUUUCCUUCGCUACUUACAAGUUUUUCGACGACGUUGUGCACAACGCGAACGUCAAUCUUGCUUUGUCAUGCCGUGUAUUGCAUCACUCACAUAAUAAACACGACUGAAAUAGAAUUUCAUGCAGGUACCCAUAUUUAUAGAUUCUUGUGAUUCCAAUAAAUUGUAUUUGUUCUCUUGAAUUAUAGAGACUUUAAAUUUGUUCAAUUCAUUCGCCUCUAUCGAUAGUUUGUUUUCAAAGCAUAUAACUCGUAGAAAUUCUGUCUUUUAAAUGAUGUGAUUAUCGUGUCACUUCGUAUUAAGGUUCUAAACCUUGUGGCUCCAACGUAACGUUCUCGCUUUUGCAACCCCCCAAAAAAACUUUUAAUAUACAUUACAAGAAGAACGUUCAGCAAAUUUUCAAAAUAUCCAUUUUUUCAUUAAUUGAGAAUUUAUUCAGAUGCAACUUCAAACAAAUGAUUACUAAGCCAACGGUAAUCCUACGUUCAUCUUGCGGUUAUAUCACAGAUAUAACACAUUAUCUAGUUUUUCAAUCGAAAAUAAUUGAAUCGUUUGUUUGAGGAGCCCCAUAAACGCCACUUUUAUCAAAAUAGACUUUUUAGCAGUUUCCGAGUCCUUGAGGAUACCUACAUCGACUAUCAAAAUUGCAGAAAAAGUUAGUUCUAUGAAUUGGGUUUCAAUUUCAAUUUCACAUACAUAUUCAUUCAUUGUUUACCGAUUCCGUAAGAAGCAUGCGCAACUCAACUUAAUCGGAAUGUUUUCUGAUGCAGAACAUAACUCAUAAACAGCCCCAUUCUUACGUGGUAGGAGCAUUGUGAACAUUGAAAGUACAUAAAACUGAAUUGAAUCACUUCAAAACCGCUACAUUUACUGAUUUCUGUUUUUUUUUUGAGAAACUCCCUAAGUCCAUCAACUUCAAAGCGUUAUAUUUUGAGCUUAAACUGUUAUAUUGAUGAACAAGUAGUUUCAAAUCAUAUGUUUUAGGUGUAGUAAUCGAGCCUGAUACCAAUAAAUAGGAGGACCAGGUCAAAAUUUGGAGAAAAACAGUUUUUUGUCGUUUUCUCGCAAGUGCGUCAAAUGGACUUAUGGGGUUUCUCAAACAAACGAUUCAACUGUGAAUAGAAUAUUCCACAGAACUGAAACUUUUUGCAAUCUUCAAAAUGCCCGAAAUGCAGUUCACAAGUAAAAAUCCUAUUGAAUUAAACUACAAUUAUUUUGACAGAAAUUGAACUAAUCAUUGUUAACCCUCGGCAGAUUGUAAAUUAUCCAAAAAAAGAAAUAUACAGGUUGAACUACAUACAUCAAUUCAUAGCGAAUCUGAUAGUUAAUCAGUUUUGAAUGUUAUUUCAUGAUUAGCUGUUUACAAAACCAAAUACCAUUAGUCUAGCACAAAACCAUACGAGGAGUGAGAAAAUACCGGAUGGUUUCAGCAACCGCAGAAAGACUCAUCACACAGCACACAGAGAAAGAAAUCCAUAUAGAGCAUUGUUCUUGUUGCCAGAGAAAACACACAAACAUUAUUUCCUAUAAUUAACCUCCAUAUAGUGAUGAAUUUAUUGAAGAAUAUGAAACAAAAAUCUCAAGACACUUCACACCCAUACUUACUAAUCAAGGAAUUUAGUAUACUGACAGUUUAGUACUAUUUUUUUACUCCUCUCUUUUUAUUGAUUAUAACACGAUUUCUUCUCGUGGAAUUGGUCACUAUGACUCAAUUGUUUAAACCUCUUGUGUGGAACGAAUUCGGAAAGCUUAGGAUGAUACUCAUAGAAUAAUUAUUUCCUACUACCUGUACUAUAUUUGAUGGAUCGUACAACCAGCUAUGAUCUACGGUUGAUAUUUUCUUCCUCAAUUGGUUCUUUUUUCAUAUGUUUCUACUGUAAAUAGCUUGAAUUUUUUUUAUUUAAACAUCAGUUAAUCCUUAAACAGUAACAAGAACAACAACCAAUACGAUGGUCGCUUUUUUAAUCCUAAGCAAUAGUUUUAUCAUUUAAUUUGUAAGUUUUAGUUGCAAAGUUAUUUUAUCAACAUUUGAACGUAAUACACAACAAUGACUACAUCAGAGCGUGAUUCUGGAUAGUUACAGUUUUAACUAGAAUGAUAGAAUGAUAUAUAUCAGAGCUGUUGAAAUGUGGAAAUAUACUACAAAUACCAUUCA